UCCCUCUCUCUCUCUCUAAAGGCAAUAGUAAAACAACUCUCUCGUCUCUAUAUCUCCCUCCAAUGUCUUCCAGCAAAAAGCACAAGCUUAUCAAAACCCUACUCAUAUCCAAUAUCGCAGGUUGUGGCUGUGGCAAGCCAAAGCUCUCAGAUGUAUAUGAGCCAACUCCAAAACCCAAAACCCAAAUCCCCCAAAACCCAACUCUCAAACGACGUUCCUCUUCAAGCUCUUGUGACAAAAAUGGCAGUUUCACUGUUGAUGACGACGAUGAUAAUGAGGACCAGUGCACCUCCACCACCAUCUCCUUCAACAACAACUCCUCCUCACACCCGUCUGAUUCAUCAGAAAGCACAAAUCCAAAGAACACCAAGUUGCCAAGCCCCAAGUGGACAAAGAUCGACGACAGCAUUGCUGUGGUGAAGGAAUCCAACGAUCCCUACCAAGACUUCAGGCAGUCUAUGCUGCAGAUGAUCGUAGAGAAGCAGAUUUAUUCAAAGGAGGAUCUGCAGGAGCUGCUCAGCUGCUUUCUUGAACUCAACUCUGCAUCCCACCAUGAUGUUAUUAUCCAAGUUUUUACACAAAUCUGGAAUGAUCUGAUCAGAGAAAGUAAGAAACCGAUCAUGUGAAUCCCAGCGGUGACAUGUGUCAUGGCCAUGUGAGGCAUUGAAUUGAUGGGCAAGUGGGAGAGGUUGGGAAAAUUCAUUAGCCAUAAAUUCAUGGGGUUGGUACUCAAGAUUAAAGCACAUGCGGAGAGAUAUUGUGUUUUCCCAUUUGGGUUGGUGUGUACGGUGGGAGAAAAAUUUACAUGUAAUGGGAUGUCACUGUGGUGAUAUUAUCAUGUAUUUUAAUUUCUCGACAUAUUUGAAAUAUGUCUACAGUGAAAUUUCCCAAAUUCUUCUC